UCAGUUUUAUUCAAAAAGCUCUGCAAUUUGCACGCAGGUAUGGAAGCUUACUCUUCGUCUGCUUCAGCUGCUUCGGGUUUGGAAGAAGGAAGAGGGUUGAAGGCUUCAUUCCAUGGAUCACUUCAUUCCGUGCGUAAGCCAUUGUCAAAGCCCUGGAAGAAGCCAAUUGCACCAUUUCCUCCAACACCACCUAAGGUCUACACGGUCGACCCUAUAAACUUCCGGGACUUGGUUCAAAAACUAACCGGUUCACCUGAGUUCAUGUCCCGAGCGCAUAAUCCGACGUCGACAACUCAGUUUGAGGUGCCUCAUCAGCGUCUCCAAAGAGUGGCUCCUCCCCCUCUUCACAUUGCAGCAUCGCCGUUGUCCAGGGCUGAAGUUUCUGCACCACUGAAUAUGUUCUCGGGAUUAGAUCAAAGCAGCCAGAAUUACAGUAAUAGUACCAUGAAUACCUUUACAUCAAAUUCACUCGGAUUGAACUUGUCGCCAUCUUCUUAUAAUUGGUGCGCUUUCCCCAUUCUCAGUCCCGGUACACUGGCCAGCUUGGAGCAAAGCACUGUUCCUUAGUUUAUAUACAUGAAGCUAGAUAGCAUCAACACUUGAUUACCUUAUUAUAUAUAUUUAUGCUGAUAGUUUAAUUCAUGCUGAAGCUUAAAGAGACUGCCUGUAAGAUUAAAACUACAUUGUUUUGUUAUUGUGGUUUACAUAUA